GGAGCAGUGGGAUGUUUAUUGCAAUUUAAAGGAGAAAUAAACUGAUGUGUUUAAAAAGGUAUUUUUUACAGUGAAGUUUCGAACGAACAAAAAUGGGGCCUAAAAAAGCAAAGGGUAAGGCAAUGGACACCGUUGACGGAGUGGAUACAUCAAAAAUGAAUAGAGAACAACUUGAGAUAUAUGCUCAUAAGAUAUUAGAAGAGAUGGAACGUGAAAGGGAGGAAAGAAAUUUCUUUCAAUUAGAAAGAGAUAAAUUACGUACUUUUUGGGAAAUAUCGAGACAUCAAUUGGACGAAUCACGUGCCAUUGUUAGGAAUAAAGAACGAGAGAAGGAAGAACUUCAGGAAAAGCAUGAUGCGGAAAUGAAAUUGUACAAACAAAAAGUAAAGCACUUGAUGUAUGAACACCAGACUAAUUUGUCUGAAACAAAAGCAGACCAUUUGGUUGCUCUUAAAAUGGCGCAAGAUGAUCACGUAUCUCAAGAGAACGAGCUCAUUAGGGAUAAAAAGGAAUUAAAGAAAGCACAAAGGGAACAGGAAGUGGCUCGUUUGAAUGAAAUGCAUGAAUUGAAACUUCAUCAUGCCGAAGAAAUAAGUAACAUCAUGAAAAAAUUCGAAUCGGAAGCAAUAGAAUUGGAACAAAAGUACGAACAAAAAUUAACGAAUCAAUACGAAUCAUUGACCUUGAAACAUCAAAUGGAAAUUACCGAAAUAGAGGAGAGAAAAAAUUUACAAAUUUCCACUUUGAUUAAAAAUCAUGAAACUGCAUUUACAGAGAUGAAAACUUAUUACAAUGAUAUUACUUUAAAUAACUUGUCACUUAUUCAAAGUAUGAAGGAACAAAUGGAACUAAUGAAGAAUAACGAAGAUAGAAUGAAGAAACAGGUACGCGAGUUAACGGUGGAAAAUAAACAAUUUUCUACGGAAUUAAAGAGUUUGAGAGAAAAAAUAGCCGAUUAUACGCGACAACUUGUUAAUUAUGAAAAAGAUAAGCAAUGUUUAUCCCAUACAAAAAGAAAACUGUCGUUGACUAUCAAGGAUUAUGACAAUUUAAAAUGGGAGAAUGAAGUUUUGGAACUACGAUUUGAGAAAUGUCAAUCGGAAAGAGACGAUCUUCAUUCUAGAUUCGUAUCAGCCAUAUUGGAAUUGCAACAAAAGACUGGCUUAAAAAAUGUACUAUUAGAAAAAAAAUUAGAAAAAUUAUCUGAAUUGUUAGAACAACGCGAAGUUCAAAUUAGCGAAGUCUUGGCUGCUGCUCAUUUAGAUCCUACAGCCGUCGUGAAUGUAAAUAAAAAAUUGGAGGAUAUGUUGAAUCGAAAAAAUACAGCGAUACAAGAUCUCCAAUAUGAAUUGGCUAAAGCUUGUAAAGCACACGAUGAUUUAUUAUCAGUAUAUGAAAGUAAAUUGCAAGAGUAUGGAAUAUCUAAAUCUGAGAUUGAAUUUCAACCAUUAAGAGCAAAACUGGUGAAUACGUGGACAGGGUCAGGAUAAUCAGCGGAUCUAUAAGAUACAUAGAUAAAACUAAUUAAUGAAUUUAAUAUAUCUACAUGUUUAUUUUUUAUCUUUUUUUUUUUUUUUUUUUUUCUUACAUGCAAUGUGCAUUCGUGUUCUACUUAGAUAAAGGUGUUUGUAAGUAAAGAUGUUUUUUGCUGAUCAUCAUUUACAUAUACAUAUAUAUGGUAUGUAGCAAAGAAAAGAAAAGAAAAAAAAAAAAAGAAAUAACAGAAAUAAUUUAAUUUAAUUUAUUCUCAUGUAUAUACUUAUACACACUUUUGUCAACAU